AGUCGCGUCGUGUGAACCCAGGGAGUUGAGCGGGGACAGGAACUCCCGUCCUCCUCGGCCAGCGCAGAGCAGAUUCCCGCACAUGGAGCGUAGGCUGUUCAGGGGCCAGAGACCCUGCCGGUCUCACACACUAACCCGACUCCUCAAACCCGGCCUCAGCCAGGAAGUGUUCCCCCUCUUCCGCCUCGCCCCCGUCGCACUUCCGGCGACGCUCUGGGAAGCACGGAGCACUUGGCGCCUCGGUAAACCUUCUAGAGGUCUGAAGGGCACUGGGAGCGAACGGACCCCACAAAGAAGAGCAGGAGGACGAAUAUGAUGCCGGCACAAGGUUUUGGGAGAAGAUACGUGAAGGCCUUUUUGAAAGGUUUCUUUGUUGCUGUGCCUGUAACAGUAACUUUCUUAGAUCAAGUGGCCUGUGUAGCAAGAGUGGAAGGAGCGUCGAUGCAGCCUUCUUUGAAUCCUGGGGGAAGCCAUUCGUCUGAUGUAGUGCUUUUGAACCACUGGAAAGUUAGGAAUUAUGAAGUGCAGCGUGGCGAUAUCGUGUCAUUGAUAUCUCCCAAAAACCCAGAGCAGAAGAUCAUUAAAAGAGUCAUUGCUCUGGAAGGAGACAUUAUCAAAACAAUGGGACAUAAGAAUAAGUACGUGAAGGUCCCACGUGGCCACAUGUGGGUGGAAGGUGAUCAUCAUGGACACAGCUUUGACAGUAAUGCUUUUGGUCCAGUUUCCCUUGGACUUCUGCAUGCUCAUGCCACCCAUAUUCUGUGGCCUCCAGAACGCUGGCAACGUUUGGAAUCUAUUCUUCCUCCAGAGCGUGCACCAGUUCAGAUUAAAGAGAAGUGACCUCCUUGCAUCUGCAUGACCUCUUUGACUUAGGAAGACAAUAUUAAAAAAAUGGAAGGCAGAGAAAAAGAAACCUAAACGGCAGGCCAUAUAUUAGUUGAGGUUGUAAAGGAGUAUUUGUAUAUCCUGUGGUUUCACAUUGAAGCAAACUGUUUCAAUUUCAAACAAUUUCAAAAUUGUUUCAGGUAAAACAGUAGUGUAGUACACAGUAUUUGUCUGGAGUACUUGUACUACAGCAUAAAUGUCCUGACAGUACAGUACCAAAGAAGAAAUUUACAAUGUGAGACGUUUCAAUGGCCUUUCCAUAUGUUAUGGUAGGAUUGAAUCAUUGGUAUAUUUGUUUCUUAACCUGUCGAUUGUUGAUUUUUUAAAAUUUGGCUUUCAGCUGAUUGAAAAUUCUGAACUGAUGUUAAACUUGAUGAAAACAUGUUCAUCUAGUAAGUAGUUCAUGCAUGAUUCAGCUUGAAUAUGAAGAAAUAGUGACACAUGCAAUGUGAUUUUAGUUGUCAUCAUUCACUGGUUAGAAAACGAAUAGUGAACUUUGACAAAUAAUGAUACACUUUUUUAAAAGGAAAAAAGGAGAGGACAGUCCUAAAAAGACAUAUUGAUGUACAGGGAACUCUCCAACAAAAAUGUUUUUAAAAAUCUAGAGUGCUGUGUUGGAAGGGGGAAAAAUAUAUUUGGAAAUAAAGGUGAUGUAAAAGGUAUUUAAAUGAGAUUUUUAAAAAACAAUAAAGAAAUAUACACAAGAAGGAAGCAAUGAGUAAUGCAAAAAUUUGGUACAGUUAUGUGAGUAGUCAGUAAUAGUAAAACUUAGAAUGACGUGAAGAUCAGAUCAGAGACACUGGCAGUGUCUAAGACUUUAUCCUUCACUGCAACUUCUGUGGUAACAAGGAUAAGCCAAAGCUAUGCAGGUAGACAUCAUUAUCUGCAAUCCAGAGUCAGCUAAAUAAACUAUGAUGACUCCUGCUCAUGUCCCUGGUGCGGGGGAGGGGGCGGGUAAGACAGGGACAUGUGAAGUGCUUUCUCUCUCCAUAUUCUUUAAUACCUGAAAGGAAGGGAAAGCCUUUUCCUUCUUCCCAUUUCUUCAUAUGUCUUGGGUGUCAGUGCUUAGAGACUGAAAAUCUAGGUGGGAAAUGGACCCCAAAGGAAGAGAAAGCCAUGACUAUCAUAACUUUGAGAAUAGGUACAUUUUCCUUUUACUUCUUAUUCUGUGUAUAUUAAAGGUGAAAUGAUGUAUUAUUUUAUAUGUAUUAUAUGUACUAUAUUAUAAAGCAGCAAUCAUCAAAAC